AUGGACAAUGCAUUAGAUGUAUCGUCAAAUGAUAACGAAGUCGAUGUGGAAGGUAAUUCAUCAAGUUUGGAAACACCAUUGGAAUGUAGUGUUACUAAAACAAAGUUGUCGUCUAGCUCUAAAAAAAAAGCUCAAACCACUUCAUUUCAAGAUGCUUUACUAGACGCAAUAACUAACCCUCCGUUAUUUUUUCAAACACCACCUGAAGUUGAUGACCCAGAUAAAGCAUUUUUACUAUCAUUUUUACCGGACAUUAAAAAACUAAACGAUGAACAAAAAAUGGAAUUAAAAUUUCAAUUUUUUCAAUCCCUCAGAACCAUUACCCAAUCAGCUUCUCAACCACAAAACAUCUAUAAUAGUCCUUCCAGUUCAAACAGUUCAGUAUAUCACCACAAAAUGUCUCCAAAUUUUCCAUAUCCUUACAGCUAUAAUAGACCUAUAGGAUCAUCCACUGCGACUACAUCAUAUGCAUUUCCAGAACCACUCACUCAAAAUUCCUCAUACACUGGACCACCACAAACUCUGCAAAGUCUCGAACAAUCUAAUAGCAACCAAUAUGUAUUUAAAUAA